UUUAUGGUAAGAUUAACAAAGAAAGAAGUAAACCCCUUUUGUCCGUUUGGAGAGAGGUUUUACUACCUUGCUUCUCUAUUGUUCCUUCCCCGGAACCAGACUCCGGCGUCUUACAUCUAGAUUCCGGCCGGCGAUGCCGGCUAUCCAUAACCCUAACUGGUUCUACACUGUUUCGAAUAUCAAUCCGAACUGCGGUUUCUCGACCUUCAGCUUCCCUAAAACCCUCACAUUUUCAAGCUCCUUAUCUCAACCUCUCAAAUUCGUCUCUACUAAGCCUAAACCGUUCCCCGUUAACCGUAAACGACGUCGCUUUGUGACUGUUAAUGCAGCUGCAAAGUCGUCCAGCUCCGACCUCUAUUCAGUUCUUAAUGUCAGUAGAAAUGCAACGCUCCAAGAGAUCAAAGCAUCUUAUCGCAAGCUUGCUCGCAAGUAUCAUCCUGAUAUGAAUAAAGGGCCUGGAGCUGAAGAGAAAUUUAAGGAGAUUAGUGCUGCAUAUGAGGUAUUAUCAGAUGAUGAGAAAAGGUCUUCAUAUGACCGAUUUGGUGAGGCAGGGUUGCGAGGAGAAUAUGAUGUGCCGGAUAGCGGUCCGCAGGGGGUGGACCCUUUUGAAGUGUUUACUGAGUAUUUUGGUGAAUCAAGUGCCUUUUUUGGAGGAAGCGGUGGAUUCGGAGGCUUCAACUUUGAUUUCAAGAAUAGGGGGAGGCAGAAUCUUGAUAUUCGUUAUGACCUUGAUUUGAGCUUUGAAGAGUCUAUAUUUGGAGGGAAGCGAGACAUCGAAGUACCCUGUCUCGAUGAAUGUGAUAGUUGUGACGGUACUGGUGCUAAAUCCAGCAGUGGUGUUAAAGUCUGUUCUGAUUGUGGCGGAAGAGGAGGAGUGGUGAAAACACAGAAAACGCCUUUUGGAAUUAUGUCUCAGGUAUCUACAUGCUUGAAAUGUGGAGGUAAUGGAAAGAUAGUAACUGAUCAUUGUCGAAAAUGUGGUGGCCGUGGUCAAGUACAAUCAAAACGAAGUAUCAAAGUGGUUGUUCCACCUGGAGUUCAUGACGGAGCCACGAUGCAAGUUCGAGGAGAGGGUAACAUUGACAAGAAAAGUAGUAUAUCUGGUGACCUCUAUUUGGUCAUCCAUGUUGAAGAAAAACGUGAAAUUUGGAGGGAUGGUCUCAACCUGUACUCAAAAUUGGACGUUGAUUUUACUGAGGCCAUUCUGGGGACAGUUAAGAAGGUGACAACUGUAGAUGGUACAAAAGAUCUUCAGAUUCCUCCUGGAUGUCAACCUGGAGAAAAGAUUAAAAUGUCAAAAAUGGGAGUGCCAGACAUGAAUAGAUCCUUAGUGAGAGGAGAUCAUAUUUUUCUGAUAAAUGUUCUGAUCCCGAAGAAUCUCAGUGAUACAGAGCGCACCUUAGUUGAGAAGUUGGCGUCACUUAGAGCAACAUCCAAACAGCAUUCAGUCUCAUGUGGCGGUGAAAGUAGAGGUGUUGCGCGUUUGUGGAAACCGAUCAAAGACUUUCUGAGGAUUGGACGAUCUGGUAGAAGAUUUGCGUCAAUUGGCACAGAGACGACGACAGCUUUAUGGAGUUUGAACAGACCAUUACCUAGUUUUCCUCUAAUGACAUCACUUUCUGCUAUUUUACUUGGAACAUGUAUUUUAGCCUUUGUGAAAGUUUGUUAUAGUAAAAUUUUGCUGCGGAAACGAUUAGUAGAACUAAAUUCUGUUCUUCACAGGAAAAUUAAAGAGCAAUAGUUGUGAUAUCGUGCCGCUUAACUCGUGAUAUAUAUGAUUUUGGAACAUGUAUUUUUGCUUA